UGGGCAGAAAAACUUAACAGUUUGAGGAGCCGGGUUGCUGAUUGUGAGAGCAAAGAGAGCCUUGAGUUGGCUGACAUCUCAGUGCCAGGGUAUAUAGAGGCAAAGCCAGCUGCUCCAGAGAUGGCCUUUGAACUCUUCAGCAUGGCCCCCUCCUACGACGCCCUGGCCAUACAGAGAAUCCCACUGAGUACUGACAUAAUCCAAGCUGAGCCCAUGAAGACCUUGGCCCCAUCCAAAUCGAAGCUCAGCACCAUUGAGGCCAAGAGAAUCAUGUCAGUCCUGGAUGAGGCCAUACAAAAAGUGGAGCUGGUGACCCUGAUGUCCUACGUGGAGUCCCACCCAGAGGUUCUGGAGGGAAUGUUCCCUGAAGACUUGGUGAGGGCCAUAAGAGAGCAUUUGGACAUUGGCCAGGUCUUGCUGGAGGGCGCCAGCAUCCUGCAGGAGAAACAGAAGCAGCUGGAGGAAGAGGAGGAAGCUGAGGAAGCCUGGUGCCAGGACCGCCUACUAUCCAUAGAGCUAUGCAGGGCCAGCCUGGGGCCACUGACACACCAGUUCCGAGACUCCACCAAGGCUAUCCUGAGGCUCCUGACCAAUGACUCCCAGGUCAUCACACUGCUGCAGAUGCAAGCACCAGGCAGAAGCCCGGGGGCCCAGCGCCUCCUGGACAGCCUGGUGGAGCUUCGUGGCUUCCUCUUUGAAAAACUACUCACCAGCCCUAUGGAGGUGAGGGAGAAGAACCAGUUCAUACAGGACAUCAACCGGAGGAAUGAAAGGAACCAAGAAGUGAUUGACGCCCUCCAGGCUGAGCUGGCAGAGGUGCUGAAGAAUAAGGAGUCCGAGGUGGAGAAGGAGAAUUUUGUGAUCCAAGAACUGAAGAACCACCUGCACCAGGUGUUCAAGUUCUCGGAGAACAGCCUCCUCCGCACGAAGCAGGAGGCGGAGAAACAGCAGAAGGUGGAUUACCGGGCCUCCCAGGCUAGGCUGGCCAAGAUACAGCAAGAGAUCCUGGCGCUUCGUACACAGUUCCACAAUCUGGUCAUGGAGAACCGGGAGGUGGAGCAGGCCCUAAGGAAGAAAAAAUACAAAGUGGAGACUGAAAUUGAGAACUGGAUCCAGAAGUAUGACACGGAGAUGAGCGAGAAGCAGGACGAAUUCGAGGACCUUGAGAGCAUCCACAAGGAGGAGAAGCUGCAGCUGGAGGAGCUGAAGGAGAGGCAUGCGGUGCUGGUGGAGGAGUUCGCCCAGAUCCGUGCUGAGAGCGAGAUCAACUCCAAGAAGCGGGUGGAGGCAGAGCGCGAGAUGGUGCGCAUGGUAAGGGCCGCCACGCUCAUCCAGGCCGUGUGGAAGGGCUACCUGGUGCGCUCCAUGCUAAAGUCCAGGAAGAAGAAGCGCGGAAAGGGGAAAGGCAAAGACAAGGGGAAGGGCAAAGAGAAGAAAGCCAAGGGCAAGGCCAAAGCCAAGAAGAAGUGACCGCUGCCUGGCCUGGCCCCGCCCCUGCCCAGCUUCAACCUUGCCCAGCCGGAUCUGAACCACAACCCCCACCCCUCGCC